CGUGUCGCUCACUUCUCUUCGCCAUUACUGAGAUCUCUUAAAUACACAUAAUUUUUUUUGAGUAAUGGGGUCGUCUUUUUUCUUCACAUUGCCUUGCUUCAUCCGCCAAAUUAUUUGAGUUUUUUCGUUUGCCUUAUUUCCUGCUUUGUGCUUAUUGGAUACUCUGUUUUGGGAGACUAACGGAAGGAACCAGUUGGUGAGAAAGUAGUUAUGGUUUGUCAAUCAGCCGGACAGACAAGAUUUCGGACACUCAAACACGAACACGGUAUCGCAGGAAACAUCGUAGUUAGAGUCAUUGCAUGCUUUCAACCUCUCCAAGAUUGUCAGGCUGAAUAUUUUCGUCAGUUGUUGAAGCCCGUCACGUAGAGUAGCUCUCUCUAUAUCUGUCAUUGUUAUUCUAAGUCUUCUAUUCGUGUUGUGUUCUCGAGGGAAGGGGAAUUAAGCUUAUUCGUUUUAAUUGUUGAUUUGUUUAGUGUUGGAUGGGACAAGAACGUGGUUUCUGGUUUCCUACUCAGCGUUUGAGUUCAUUGUCUUCCAUAUCUUUGUCUCAACUUGGAAAGCAAGACUUGAACUUAACAUCUAAAACCUGCGGCGACACCACCGACAUGUUUUCUACUCGGGGGUCCUAUUUUAACGAGUCUUAUGGUUGGGUUAAUGGGUCAUCUCACCUGCAGCAGCAGUUCUUGCCUCCUCAAAAUCAAUGUAUGGUGAAGCAGAUGCCUCUUAAAGUAGAUGGUGUUAUACUACGUAAAGUUGAGGGCCAAUGUAGUCAGAAGAGGUUCCUAGUGUUUGAUCAGUCAGGAGAUAAGACGACUCUGCUACUCACUUCCGAUAUCCGGAAAUCUUUUGAGACCUUGAAACAACCUGCCUGUCCUGAUAUGAAGGAAGAACUCAAAAGAAGCAACAACGAUUUUUUUGUUUAUCAAGGAAUGCAAGGAAAUAGCGAACCGGAUUUGAAGGAGGACACGGAAGAACUAAAUGCAUUGCUUUACUCCGAAGACGAGAGUGACUAUUGUUCUGAAGAAGAUGAGGUUACAAGCCCAAGCACUGUAGUAUCAUCAGCCCAUAGGGGCCAAGAAGAAACAUUUAAUGUUGAAAGCUAUGGACAAACAUUACAAGCUAAAAAGAGAAAGAUGCUCGAGAGCUCAGCGCCUGUUCUUGAAGCCUCGAAUGAGAAAAUGCUUGACGACCAUGAAUCGAGCUGCGGUAGUUGUGACAAUACGGGGAUUAGCUUUCUGAAACGUUCCAAGCCGUCUAUCAACAAGAUAGGAGAAGAGAAGAUAUUUGAGACCGUAAGCCUUUUGCGCAGUAUAGUCCCCGGGGAAGAAUUGGUAGACCCCAUCUUAGUGAUCGAUAGAGCUAUUGAUUACCUCAAGUCAUUGAAGAUGGAAGCCGAGAAUCGAGGACAUGAGACUCUUUAUUUGCAUGAUAUCUAAGAAAACAGCAAGAGGGAAGUAGACUUUGUUAUCUAAACAAAGUAGUAGACAUAUUGAAUAGGUGGUACUCUUGUCAAGAUGCAAAGGGAUCAGCUUGCUGCUCGUUGGAAGAUAAACCAAAAAUUGUAGUGGAUCGGAGUUGCAAGAACGAAAAUUGAAUAUUGUGUUGAUGAUUAAGUCGCAGCUUGGAUUGUCGUGUAGCUGUUUGUUGUAUCAUGUAAUAUUAAUUGCUUCUUCUGUUUCUAUAAUAUUUUGUUGAUAUGGAUUUAUUACUGUUAACUGUAUGAGAGAGUGGUGAUGAGUCUAGAAAGUUUAUACUCUAUCCGUUUUUAAA